UUUCUUUUACUCGGUCCGGCAACGGCUUCCUACUAGCCUCAGCCGGAACGGAAAUAGGUCCCAGCUCGCCCACCGCCCAGGAUUCGCAAGCUACGAGCCCUCGAGCUCCACCUCCCACUAGGAGAAGAGUUGCCAUGCAAUCCAUGAAGCCAGGUGCCAUGAAAGAGUACGAGACGCUCCUGGGAAGUUUUGGGGCUUGGUUUGGACGUUCACAGUCAGAGAUGGAGGCAAAGCUGGCAUCCACACAGGAUCCCGAGUCUUGGUCCUCUCAUCCAGUCUAUGCAAGGUACUGGCAGCAUUACCAUCAAGCCAUGGCGUGGAUGCACAGCCACCAGAUUGCCUAUCAGAAGGCGGUGGACUCAGUCGUCACUUCCCCGUGGUACUGCCCAGCCACUGGCCUUGCCCAGAGUGCUGCUGCCGAGGGUGGCAGAAGCUCCAAGCUUCCCUCAGCCUCUGGGGACGCCUCCCCCGGGUGUUCACGUCCUGGCAAGCCGGGACCACAACAAUGCAGCACAGAAAAGCCAGCCCAGGUCGCAGAGGACAACGAGAGCGAGUCCGACAACGAGAGUGAGUCGGACGACGGCGGCAUAGUGUGCGACCUGAGCAACAUGGUGAUCACGGACGAGCUGCGCCAGUACUUCGCGCAGACCGAGCGGCACCGGGAGGAGCUCCGGCGGCAGCAGCAGCUGGACGCAGCGCGCCUGAAAGACUACGUGAAUGCUGACCAUGGCCUGUACUGUGACAAGCGUGGCCGCUCCGCGCUGCCCCCAGCCGAGCGACCUGGAGAGCGGCGCCGGGCUGAGAUGCAGCGCCUAUAUGGGGCCAGUGCCACCAAGAUCCAGGCUAUGGAGACCGCCAUGCAGCUCAGCUUUGACAAGCACUGCGACCGCAAGCAGCCCAAGUACUGGCCUGUCAUCCCACUCAAGUUCUGAGCCCCUCCUGGGGGGACCCCACCUGCCUCUGCCUCUGGUUGCCUUUCAUGGUCGCCUUCUCCCCCUCUCCUGUGGCUCUUCUCAGGGAAAGGGGGCUCGAUGCUGACAACUGAGCACGUUCAUCAAAGUCCCCCGGGGGCAGUGAUAAGGCCAGCCACCUGGGAGUGGGCAGAACACAUCCUGUUGCAAGUGAGGUGUUCUUUCGACAUAAAACGAUAAUUUCAUAUCCAUCCCGUUGGUUUUGAAUGUCAGUGAGAGUGACCAGUUCAUUCAAGUUCUUGGAGAUCCUGCCUAGUCAUUAUGUUUCUCUUUUCUUCUUUCUUUAACCCAACUGAACUAGGCAAAGGUUUUCAGGGGCUCAGAUGUCUUCCCCCCCAACCCUAAGUCCUCUAGCCCAGAUGCAAACCUGCUGGCCCAGCAGCACAGAGCUCAUCCGAGUGUGUGUGCUGUCAAGGGCUGGAGUUCCUAGCUCAGGCUUUGAGGCUGCAUGAUCUGUGUCCCGACUCCUCAGUUCUGCCCUUGCAGGAGGAAGACAGCCAGAGAUGGUGAGUAAAGGCCUGGGCAUGGCUGCAUGCCAAUAAAACUAUUAAUGAAAACAGUCCAGGUUUGGCCUGUGGGUGGUAGCUUGCCAGCUCCUACUCUAAAGGAAUGAGAAUCCGUGUCUGACGUCCUUCUGGUUACCUGCUUGUCUCGACAGAGCUUGAAAGUCAUCCAGAAUUGAAAGCUGAGGACAGUGAUUCCCAAACCUGCUCACCUCUGCAGUCUCCUUGGUGGUAGAAAAGGUGUCCUUGAACUCUUACUACAUAAUAGCGAAUACUGUUUUGAUAAGAGAAUAUAUUUCAGGGAACAAAAACCUAAAAAUGGAUGUUUCAGUCCAUUUAUAAAAGCCAGCUGCCUUUUAAAUAAGUUAUUUUGGUGCGUUGCCAGGGUGAACCGUGCUGACCUGCGAAGAUUAGCACAUCCAUCAAAGGUUGGUGAAAAGAUAGAGUAUUGACAUGUUUCUCCCUCAAAACACUUAGCUGCGCAUUCAGCCCCUGCCCUGAAACAAAUACAUUACUUUUCCUCAGCCCCAGGUGCUUAUUUUUCCAAGCUCACGUUUUAUUACUGGAGUUAUAGUUUGUGCUUGGGUAUUGCAGACAAAAAUCAGGAUUAACUUCCCCUGUGGUGACACAUGACCAAAAUUUCAAAUCUUUACCAAUUCUCUCUCUCUCUCUCUCUCUUCCUUUGAAACCCAUACGCCUAAAUAGAAAAUAAAUGUGACUGAGGCAGAAAUACAAACUGAA